CGCCGGCGGGGGUGGGCGGGCGCGCCGGGUGGCAGGUGUCAGCGGCGUCUGCAUUCGGCGGCGAUGGAGCGGCCCCGGGGAGCUGCGGACGGCCUUUUGCGCUGGCCCCUCGGCCUCCUCCUGCUCCUGCAGCUGCUGCCGCCGGCCGCCGUCGGCCAGGACCGGCUGGACGCGCCGCCGCCGCCCGCGCCUCCUCUGCUGCGCUGGGCCGGUCCGGUCGGGGUGAGCUGGGGGCUGCGCGCCGCCGCGCCCGGGGGGCCCGUCCCCCGUGCUGGCCGUUGGCGCCGCGGCGCGCCCGCCGAGGACCAGGACUGCGGCCGCCUCCCGGACUUCAUCGCCAAGCUGACCAACAAUACGCACCAGCAUGUCUUUGAUGACCUCAGUGGCUCAGUGUCCUUGUCCUGGGUUGGAGACAGCACUGGGGUUAUUCUCGUCCUGACUACUUUCCAAGUGCCACUGGUAAUUGUGAGUUUUGGACAGUCCAAGUUAUAUCGAAGUGAGGAUUAUGGAAAGAACUUUAAGGAUAUUACAAAUCUCAUCAAUAACACCUUCAUUCGGACGGAGUUUGGCAUGGCUAUUGGUCCUGAGAACUCUGGAAAGGUGAUACUAACAGCAGAGGUGUCUGGGGGAAGCCGAGGAGGAAGAGUGUUCAGGUCAUCAGACUUUGCCAAGAACUUUGUGCAGACAGAGCUCCCCUUUCACCCUCUGACGCAGAUGAUGUACAGCCCUCAGAAUUCGGAUUACCUGUUAGCUCUCAGCACGGAAAAUGGCCUGUGGGUGUCCAAGAAUUUUGGGGAAAAAUGGGAAGAAAUCCACAAAGCAGUAUGUUUGGCCAAAUGGGGACCAAACAACAUCAUCUUCUUUACCACCCAUGUGAAUGGCUCCUGCAAAGCUGAUCUUGGUGCCCUGGAAUUAUGGAGAACAUCCGACUUGGGGAAAACCUUCAAAACCAUUGGCGUGAAAAUCUACUCAUUUGGUCUUGGGGGCCGUUUCCUUUUUGCCUCUGUGAUGGCUGAUAAGGAUACAACGAGAAGGAUCCACGUGUCAACAGACCAAGGGGACACAUGGAGCAUGGCGCAGCUUCCUUCUGUGGGACAGGAGCAAUUCUAUUCUAUUCUGGCAGCCAAUGAGGACAUGGUAUUCAUGCAUGUCGAUGAACCUGGAGAUACCGGGUUUGGCACAAUCUUUACCUCUGAUGACCGAGGCAUUGUCUACUCCAAGUCUCUGGACAGACAUCUCUAUACCACCACAGGCGGGGAGACCGACUUUACCAACGUGACUUCCCUCCGUGGAGUCUAUAUAACAAGCACACUCUCAGAAGAUAACUCUAUUCAGAGCAUGAUCACUUUUGACCAGGGAGGACGGUGGGAGCACCUGCGGAAGCCGGAGAACAGCAAGUGCGAUGCUACCGCAAAGAACAAGAAUGAGUGCAGCCUUCAUAUCCAUGCUUCUUAUAGCAUCUCCCAGAAGCUCAACGUUCCGAUGGCCCCACUCUCUGAGCCUAACGCCGUGGGCAUAGUCAUCGCUCACGGUAGUGUGGGAGACGCCAUCUCGGUGAUGGUCCCAGACGUGUACAUCUCAGAUGACGGGGGUUACUCCUGGGCAAAGAUGCUAGAAGGACCGCAUUACUAUACCAUCCUGGAUUCUGGAGGCAUCCUUGUGGCCAUCGAGCACAGCAACCGUCCUAUCAAUGUGAUUAAGUUUUCCACAGACGAAGGCCAGUGCUGGCAGCGCUACGUGUUCACACAGGAGCCCAUCUACUUCACCGGGCUUGCUUCCGAGCCUGGAGCCAGGUCAAUGAACAUCAGCGUCUGGGGAUUCACAGAGUCUUUCAUUACCCGCCAGUGGGUCUCCUACACAAUUGAUUUCAAAGACAUCCUUGAGCGGAAUUGUGAAGAGGAUGACUAUACCACGUGGCUGGCACACUCCACAGACCCUGGAGAUUACAAAGAUGGCUGCAUUUUGGGCUAUAAAGAACAGUUCCUACGGCUACGGAAGUCAUCCGUCUGUCAGAAUGGUCGAGACUAUGUUGUGGCCAAGCAGCCCUCCGUCUGUCCGUGUUCCUUGGAGGACUUCCUCUGCGACUUUGGCUAUUUCCGCCCCGAGAACGCCUCUGAGUGUGUGGAACAGCCGGAGCUGAAGGGACAUGAGUUAGAGUUCUGUCUGUACGGCAAGGAGGAGCACCUGACGACAAACGGCUACCGGAAAAUCCCAGGAGACAGAUGCCAAGGGGGUAUGAAUCCAACCCGAGAAGUAAAAGACUUGAAAAAGAAAUGCACAAGCAACUUCUUGAACCCCACGAAGCAGGACUCCCGCCCACAGGGACACAGCUUGUCCCAGAAUCCAGCUCCGCCUCCUCUUGGAUACCCUGAAAACACACACUUCCUAUCUCCCACCCAGGAGCAGAAUUCCAAGUCGAAUUCUGUCCCUAUUAUCCUGGCCAUCGUGGGACUGAUGCUUGUCACAGUCGUAGCAGGAGUCCUCAUCGUGAAGAAAUACGUCUGUGGCGGACGGUUCCUGGUGCACCGAUACUCUGUGCUACAGCAGCAUGCAGAGGCCGACGGCGUGGAAGCUUUGGAUGCGGCCUCCCAUGCUAAAAGCGGUUAUCACGAUGAUUCAGAUGAGGACCUCCUGGAAUAGCUCUUUAGAGGACCUGGGACUGAGUGUUCGCAGAGCCGCAGUACCUCCUACACUUCCCGAGGCUCUGACUUGGGGAAAUAAAUUUCCCACUGCGUCGGCCCCAGCUCUGUUUCCGCCGCUUCCAUCCAAGCCCAAAGGACCUACACUAAAGAAAGCAGGGUGGGGGUGGGGGACCCCGACUGAUCUCACGGUUGGCUCUAAGGAGAGGGGGGGAAAUUUUAAAUUCUUUAACAUUUUUGUUUCAGAUUUCUGUCUUUUGUAAAAGUGUGGGCUUUAGGCUUCUCUUGUUUGUUUUGUGCGUUAAGGGACACGACUUGGGAUUCAAAGGGAUUGUUUCACUGACCCCUGCUCUUGGGUUUCCUUCUGGUGCCCGCCCCGCCCCAGGGCAUCUGCCAACGCCACCAUCCACUCAGCUCCCACAUCCUACCUAGUGCUGUCCCCUGCUCUGCUGGUCAUGCGAAGCAGCCUCAGAGAAGGAAACAGAGGGUGUGGUGCCUGGCACUGCCUGGCCAUCAGUGGACAGCGUCAGUCAAAGAGCCCUGCUGCGGCCUCCUCCUCCCGUCCCACCUCCACCCCCACCCAGGACUCCAGGGCACAGUGACUUUUCUUUUCCUGCUUAAUUCGGCAAUACCCUUGUUAAUUGCCCUUUGGCAACUAACUUAAUCAUGUGCUUCCAACACACUAAAUAGGCAAAACUUCCAGGGCAAGAUUUUUAACUUGUGGCAGGAAGGAGGGAGCAACAGACGACUGACUAGCUCUAACACCCAUUAAAGACAGACCUGGCCACUCCUGAGCUAGCCCUUUCAGCUGUGCUCUGUGGGGUGCCAGUGGCUCUGUUCUGUUCAAGGCUUGGCCUCAAAGCCUGCCCAUCCCUUUCCUGGCGCUCAUUGUCUGGUGCACAGUGCAGCCACAGGACCGACAGUCAUAGACCUCCAACUUUCCCAUCACCCGUUGUGAAGGCUCAGAGCUGAACGACCACCGUGGCUGCUUAUUGCUUCCUCCGAAGUUGUUUCUGUUCAUAGAACUGGGUCUGGGAAUGUUUCCAGGUUGAUGGACUGUUCAACCUUACCAGACCAUCCUCGCCCCUCCCCUAGUUUUGCUGAGUUAUUAGUUGUCUGGAACCCUUUGGCUAGCCCCACUGAAGGCACAUUUCUAGAUGAUGCUGUGUGUGGUCGGAACAUUGCUUUCAUGUUUUAAAUGUAAGGAAAUUUUCUAUCUGAUAUUUUUCCAAAUUAAAUAAGUUAUAGAAUGUGAUCGGCGGAUGUGGGGGUGGCCAUCUGGUAGUGGAAAGCUGUAGCAAUUCAUCUGAAUACAGUUUAGAUGUUAGCUGGACAGGAAGAUGGUGUGGUAGGUAGGUCUCUGGUAUCCCUACCCCUGCUGUGCUGAUCACAGUCCCUCCCAGUUACCACUAGGACAUUCUUCAGUAGAUCCAUUUUGCUGUCACUUCAUUCUGUGGCUAGAAAGUCAGUGGGAAGUAAAUGUGCCAAAAUAAGUUCUGUCAGAAUGCACAAGCAGAUGGCUGAGUCCUCCCCGCCCCAGAAGGAACAGACAGCAUCAGGGAGAGGGGGAGGAGGGACAGGGAGCAUCAGAGAGGCGCUGACUCGCAGCUAAAUGAGUCAUGGAACAUCAGUCAGAAAACGAAGUUAGGGUCGGUUCUGGGAGGAGAGUAUCUAUUAGAGCCAUAACACUCUAGUCUUUUAGCUUGUUCACUUUGUAAUGAUUCUAAAAUAAUUCCAAAGAUACAGCAGCUCGUAAAUUAUCAAAGUUCUGCCCACUCUCACCUCCUGCCAAAGGGGAGAGAUCUAUUUCCACUACACGCUGCCUGUCCCGGGUUGGUGUGGGUAGAUGCAUGGAGAGCUCCCCUAGUGACAGGACUUAACACUCAUCUCCAGCCAUCAGCGUUGAGGAUGCUCUGCCUCUAUAAUGGUUUCUGGGAUUUCCGUAGAACCUGGCAGUUUGGGGAUCAUUUCUCUUCUGAGCACCGUGCUAUUCUUGCUGGAGAUGGAGCUCAGGAGCCAAAGUUGAGUCCGCCGCCCAGGGUCUUCAGAGCUCUGAACUGCAGUUAUGCAAGACCCUGGGUCCUUGCAUCAGAGCCGCUCAUGGGUGACUGCUGGGGCUGAGGACUCCUCAGAGGCAUUUCCUGCAGAGCCAUUAUUGUGAUGCCUUUUUGUUUUCUUUUUGGAAAGCAAUAUUUUCUUCCCCUGCUUCAUGGCUGAAAUAAAAAGUGAUGGUAAUCAGGGACACCCCCUCUCCCUUAGAUUGUCACUGUUGGGGAGCACAGGACCAGUCUUUGGAUGAGUCCUCUCUGCCCCUUUGCUUCUAGUUCUAGCCCCUGGCUCUGUUAGCCUGGGUUCUGCUCCUGCAAUGGCUCUCAGAAGCAUUCACGCACAAAUGUGCAACCCCAGCCAGCAACUGAAGCUCUGUAAGCUGUUUUGUUUCUUUUUAAGUUCUGCUUUGGUUUGUCCUGUGCAGCAGUAGAGUGGAGCAGCAUGGCUGGUAGGUGGGCAUACCAUUAUUCUCAGCACUGUGGUGGCAGAUGGGGUUGGUUCUAGAGGCUUGGGCAGUAGGGUUUAGCAUUGUUAGGUAGCUCAGACACAUCAGAAAAUCCAUACUGGCCUGAGUUUUAAAUCUAAAACAAUUUUUUUCUUUUUGCUUGGGACCUUAGGGGCUUGGGGUUUUCCCGAGGCCAGAGGCUAUGGCUGAAUGUGUUUGUGCUGUGAAUUGAGUGGAACACGGCUUUGAGGCCCUCGGAGAGUGACUGCAGCUGCAGGGCUGGCUUAGGAGCUCUGUCAGUCUUGACAACUGAACCUUGGAGCCCAUGGCCUCUGAAUCUACAUUCUGGCUGUAGUUCCAAGCUCCUGGCCUUCCCUCUAGUCCCCUGCCUGGUCCUCCCUGGUCCCCUGCCUUUCCUCUCUGGUCAGGCCUAUAAGCCGUGGCUGGACAUAACUCUGCUGAACUGUUCCUUCUUCAGGAUACUAGGUGCUGAGAGGGGCGUGGGGCCAUUCCAACAAGCCCCAGAGGGAAAGGGCUGGCCUGGCGCAGGGAAACCAUAUAGGUAGAAAGGCCUCCAGUGAAGAGCCCUGCCACUAUGCCCGCUGGCACGCUGGCACGCUGGCACGCUGGCAGGGAGCUCACCCACUGUCAGCACAGCCCUCUCAACUCCAUAGUCAGCAAGGAUGCACUGAACUACUAACGUGGAGUGGGGGCACACCUCUGAUUUCCAUCACCUUCCUGCCAGAGGGGAAAGGAACUUGAACUUUAAUGUCUUUUGGAACAAAACCAAAGUUUAAGAUUUGCCAUAUGAUGUAGUGACAGGGAAGCCGAGAGCCAGCCAGCAGGUGCCAGAUUCUGUCCCAUUGGCGAGCGCAUCACCAGGUGCAGGCUGCUGUGGGCUUGUUGAAGCCACGGGUGCAGGUGGGAUUUCUUGGUUCCAUGUGUUGUAACAAUAAGAAUGGGAGCAUUGACUUGAAAUUGUCUUCAGGACUUGCUAUGUGCACUUUUCCUCACCGGUACAUUCUCUGCAUCUGUUUAUAUGAAAUAACACAAGCUAAUCUGUACCUUUAUAUAUAUGUGUGUGUACAUAUAUACAUGUAUAAACUGUAUAGUGUACAUGUUAAGGAUUUAUCAGUAUGCCCCGAAUUUUUAGUGCAGUUCUCAUCCUCCGCACGCCCUCAGCUGUGGUCAGGUGACUUCCUGUCCCCUGGCUGCUGAGUCCCUGUGGUUGAGCCUCCAGGGAGAAGGGUUCGGGCUGCAUUCUUCUUAUCCCCAUGCACAGAAUCGCUCAGGGUCCCCACGUGCCUGUUGUCCUUCCCUCUUGUCUUUUGUUCCCUUUCUGAGCAUGUGGCCCCUCCCCCUGCUGUGAGGGGCGGCUGCCUCCCCAGGAAAGUAUAAAGCGGGGUCAAGACCACCACUGCAUGUGUACUGAGAACUCCAGACUUCUGCCCGCUUGGGACAGAACAUUGCAUGUGAGGUGGGAUUAUCAAGUUUCAAAGACCUGUGUCAAUUAUACAGCAAAGCCAGACCCCAUAACGACAUCCCACAAAAUGGAAAUAAAAUACAAAAUCUCUUUAGCAUUGUGUAAAUAAAUCUGGAUGUGUUUAACUUUG